CCUUCACGAAUCGCGCACAAGCCUUCUAUACCUUUAACCCUCCGCCCACGAUCUCGCUCUCCUUCUCCACAGCCGACACUCGGCCUGGCCAGAUCGAUACGAGUACGCUCUCAUCUAAUGAAUACGCACGCAUCUGCACGAUCUUCUAUCUUCAGUAUCUGCACUGGUCACCGACCGUACACCACGCAUACUCGUACCGACAACCGUACUAGCAGCGCAGGCCGUAUAUGGCUAGUAUCGCGGCCUCUGUAUAGGAAACCUCUUGAUCUACACCGCCCCGCCAACUCUUCGGCGUCCAAUGGCCAGGCAGGCAUUCUCGUCGGUCCUGAACUAGGGCUAAUUCGGUCAAUCCAGUGCAAGAAGCAAGAAGGAAGUCGCCGGCCGCGGGGACCUGGAUUGACUUCCCCUUUCGUCAGGCGCCUAUUCGUCGCUGAUCAGCGCGAUAGGCGCCCGUGGAGGCCGUGCACUCGAUCGUGGAUAUCGUUCGUGCACUCAUCGUGGAGGCCGUGCCGUGUGUCUAUAUGAACACCUGAUGGACGCUUCGCUGUGGAUGCCGUACGUGCACUCAUCGUGGAUGUGCAGGUCCAUCAACGACAAUGUUUGUGCAGGCUCUUCGUCGGCCAUGCAUCAAGGCCUUCUUCGGCCUUUAAUGUGCAGGUCCUUCGUCCGUGUUCAGGCAUCGACGUAUGGCGAAAGUGACGCGAAUAUCGUACCUGCAGUCAACGCGCGCGGAGCAGUGCCCUUUGCCUGCCGGACUUUGCCUCGGCGUCCGCG